AUGCAAUUGAGGUCCUCUCUGUCUCCUUCCUUCUUCACCUUACUCCACAACUGCUAUGGGAGGUUUCACCUGCUGAUUCUGGCCCUGUGUGGCUGGGCUGUGUCGAGUGAUGCAAUUGAGGUCCUCUCUGUCUCCUUCCUUCUUCCAUCGGCCACCUGUGAUUUUGGCCUCAGCUCUACAGACAAAGGAAACCUCAAUUCUGUUAUAUUUUUAGGUAUGAUAGUGGGAGGGUACUUCUGGGGCUCUCUGGCAGACAAGGCAGGCAGGCGUACCGUCCUUCUCGGCUCUCUCACCGUCAAUGGCCUAGGGGGACUCGCGUCCAGUGUAGCACAAUCUUUCUGGCUAUUUCUCCUCUUAAGAUUCAUCAGUGGUGUAGGGGUUGGAGGGAGCAUACCAGUUAUCUUCUCUUACUUCACGGAAUUCCAGCCGAAAGCCAAGAGAGGCAUGAUGAUCAGUGUGUUAGCCACAUUCUGGAUGUUUGGCAACAUCAUCGCAGCUGGGCUUGCCUGGGCCAUCAUUCCUCAGAAUCUGGGCGUGGUCACUCCCUCAUUUACAUACGACAGUUGGCGUGUGUUCAUAGCAGUCUGCACUAUCCCCAGUCUUACAUCAGCAGCUAUUUUUAUCCUUAUGCCGGAAAGUCCAAAAUUUUUGAUAGAGACUGGUAAGGAAGAUAUGGCGGUAGCUGUUCUCAGGAAAGUCCAUCGGAUAAAUAAACCAAAAGAAUUCAAAGUCUUCCCAUAUACCUUUGUGACUCUGAGUGGAGAUGAGGAUGAGAAAUCGAAGAGGGAUGAUGUCCUUCCUCGAAACUUAAACUGCUGCGCAAGAUACUGGAUCGCAACAAAACAGAUGCUGACAACAACAGUCAAGCUAUUCAGGAAACCCAUGGCAGGGAGGAACUAUCGUUAUUCUUGUUAUCAACUUCACUUUAUCUUUCGGGUGAAGUACCCUAUGGAAAAGCUGCAGGUGAGAGAGGAAGCUAUGAAGAGGCCAUAG